AUGAGAGCAUUGCCACUCCUCCCCCUCCUCCCGACCUCCUCUCUUCACUCCCCACCCUCCACAUUCCGCGCUCCCCUUUGCCAUCUUCCUCUCCAUCCGUGUCCCUCUAUCCGCCCUUCGUCUUUGUCCUCGUCCCUCCAUCUCUCUUUUAUCUGCACUCCUCUCUCUCUCCUUGCCCUCCUCUUCCCCAACCCCUCCUCUCCCCCUUCUCAUCCCCCCUCUCCCGUCGUCUUUUUCAUCGCCAUCCGUGUGUCAGUUCGAGGCAAUGAAACGCACUGGACCAUCCCACCUUUCUUAACUGACAAUUUCCCCUCCUCUUCCCUGCGUUUUGCCCCUCUUCCCUGUGUUUCACCCUUUUUCCCCUGCGUUUCCCCCUUCUCCCCCCUGCUUUUCUCCCCCCCGUCCGCCCCGCCCUUCGUUUCCCCCCUUCUCCUCCUCUUUCCUGCGUUUCCCCCCCUCUGCCCUGCGUUUCCUCCCCUCCCCCCUGCGUUUCCCCACCUUCUUCCCUUCCUUUCCCCCCUUCUUCCCUGCCUUUCCCCCGUCUUCCCUAAAUUUCCCCCCUCUCUCUCUUCCCCACUUUCCCUCUUCCCUUUCUUUCCCGUUUCCCUUUCCGCAUUCACUCCACCAUGCCUCCUUGCGCACUCCCGCUGUACCCACUCCUCCCUCCCCCACUUCCCCCUCACCCACUCUCCCUGCUCCCUCUCCCCGCUCUCCCUCUCCCCCAUCUCCCGCUUCCCCUCUUCCAGCCCCCCCUGCUCCCGCUUCCCUCGUUCCUGCUACCCUUCUCAAGCUCCCUCCCCGCCCACUCCCCUCCUGGUCCCCCGUCGCCCACUCACCCUACGCGCACGCCCCCUGGGAGUUCAAGGCAGUGGACCAUCCGCCCUUCUUCACGCAGGUCUGGACGUGAAGACCCGAGGCGAGGCAAGGCGCGCGGUGUGUUGUGGGGUGUGUGUAAGCUUGGUUGGGCUUUAA